UACUGCCAAGCUUUCAAAAAAUGGAAACGAAUAUUGGCGUAAGAAAUUUAAGUAUACCGUCAAAUAAUGAAUCUUCUGUAAAAGAUUAUGAGUGGGCUGUUAAUUAUCAUCGUAAAGUUUUUAAAUUAUGUGGACUUUGGUCAUAUUCAAAACCACUUGAAUGGUAUAUUAAAUUAUUAACAGAAGUACAUUCAUUAAUUAUCAUUGCUUGCAUAAUUACUAGUUUGACAAUACCUGAAGUGAUGGCAUUGACUAAAGUUUGGGCUGAUCUGACAUUAAUCGUCGAUAAUUUUUUGUCAUCGAUACCUCUUUGCAGUGCGCAAAUAAAACUAAUAGUUUUGUGGACUAAAAGAAAAGCCAUCGCUAAAAUUUUUGAUGCUGUCAAAAGUGAUUGGCUGGAGCCGAAAAAUGAAUUUGAGAGACAAAUAAUGAUCAAAUAUGCGAGAAUUGCAAACAUAAUGAUGAUAAUUGGCAUAUCAAAUAUUGCAUAUAAUCUUAUAAUAUUUCACGGCUGUGUUAUAUUUGGGUUUUCGUUUCGUACAACAACAAAUUUGACAGACAUUGAGGGAUAUUUAAUUGCUACGCAAACAGUUUUUCCAUUUGAUGUAACUAUAGGGUAUCGUUAUUGGGUUAUUAGAAUAGUACAUGCUCUUGAAUGUUAUUUAGCUGGGACUGUUUAUACUGGGAUUGACGUUUUUUUUGGAAUGUCAGUUUUACAUAAUUGCGGACAGUUGGAAAUUCUCGCCGAAAAAAUUAAGUGUAUGGUUAAUUCCGAUGAGCCAUUAAUGUUUAAAGAGUUAUUGAAAACUAUUGUUCUGAGGCAUUAUCGUAUAAUCAGUUUAAUUGAAGAAAUAAAGGAUAUAUUUAGUUCAGUCCUUUUGUUACUAGUUAUGUGUUUUGGAAUCACUUUUAGUGUUAUGGGAUUCCUGAUUGCAACCUCUUUUGGGAGUACUGGAACUAGAGUACCGUUCAUACAAAUGAAUUUUUACAUGGGCUACAUAUUUUUUUUUGUCGGUCUCAUGUUUGUUUACUCAUGGGUCGGCGAAAAUUUAGUAACGCACAGUGAAGGAAUAUAUUUAGCGGUAUAUAAUUGUGAUUGGACGGCACUUGAUUCAAAACAAACGACCCAAUUGAUAAUUUUACUUGUUCGCUCUCAAAAACCACUAGAAGUAACUAUUGGAAAAUUUGCUCCUGUGUCACUCAACACUUUUGCUCAAUUGCUAAAAACUUCAAUGGGUUACAUUUCCGUUCUUCUCGCAAAACAAGACUAAAAAAGACAA